CACAUGACAUGCACGUGGUACACUUAGAUAUGUGAGACGGUUUUGAAAUAAUUUAUUCACAGUGAUCACAUCCUUAGUUCUCGCAGGACUGCUUGAGUCGACGUGAGCUAUAACCGAACACCACAUAAACAUCAUGCGUGAAUGUAUCUCUAUCCACGUGGGCCAGGCCGGCGUCCAGAUGGGAAACGCCUGCUGGGAAUUGUACUGCCUGGAGCACGGAAUCCAGCCCGACGGCCAGAUGCCCUCCGACAAGACCAUCGGCGGCGGUGACGACUCCUUUAACACGUUCUUCAGCGAGACCGGCGCCGGCAAGCACGUGCCCCGCGCCGUCUUCGUUGACCUGGAGCCAACCGUCGUUGACGAGGUCCGCACCGGUACAUACCGUCAGCUGUUCCACCCCGAGCAGCUUAUCACCGGCAAGGAAGACGCCGCCAACAACUACGCCCGUGGUCACUACACCAUCGGCAAGGAAAUCGUUGACCUCGUCCUAGACCGGUUGAGAAAGUUGGCUGACCAGUGUACCGGUCUCCAGGGUUUCCUCAUCUUCCACUCCUUUGGUGGCGGCACCGGCUCUGGCUUCACCUCCCUGCUCAUGGAGCGCCUGUCAGUCGACUACGGCAAGAAGUCCAAGCUGGAGUUCGCCAUCUACCCGGCGCCCCAGGUGUCCACCGCCGUCGUGGAGCCAUACAACUCCAUUCUGACCACCCACACCACCCUGGAGCACUCCGACUGCGCCUUCAUGGUCGACAAUGAGGCCAUCUACGACAUCUGCCGCAGGAACCUUGACAUUGAACGCCCGACCUACACCAACCUGAACAGACUGAUCGGCCAGAUCGUCUCCUCCAUCACUGCCUCCCUCAGGUUCGACGGUGCCCUCAACGUCGACUUGACCGAGUUCCAGACCAACUUGGUGCCCUACCCACGUAUCCACUUCCCUCUAGCCACCUACGCUCCCGUCAUCUCCGCCGAGAAGGCCUACCAUGAGCAGCUGACGGUUGCCGAGAUCACGAACGCAUGUUUCGAGCCGGCCAACCAGAUGGUGAAGUGCGAUCCCCGCCACGGUAAGUACAUGGCUUGCUGCAUGCUGUACCGUGGUGACGUCGUCCCCAAGGACGUGAACGCCGCCAUCGCCACCAUCAAAACCAAGAGGACCAUCCAGUUUGUAGACUGGUGUCCAACUGGCUUCAAGGUCGGCAUCAACUACCAGCCACCCACCGUCGUCCCCGGCGGCGAUCUCGCCAAGGUGCAGCGCGCCGUGUGCAUGUUGAGCAACACGACCGCCAUCGCCGAGGCGUGGGCCCGCCUGGAUCACAAGUUCGAUCUGAUGUACGCCAAGCGUGCCUUCGUCCACUGGUAUGUGGGAGAGGGUAUGGAGGAGGGCGAGUUCUCCGAGGCCCGUGAAGACUUGGCGGCUCUUGAGAAGGACUACGAAGAGGUCGGCGUCGACUCCGUGGAGGGUGAAGGCGAGGAGGAGGGCGAGGAGUACUAGAUGUCGUUCACCGCAUCCGUUAAUUAAUAUUGUGAAACACAAACAACAUCGCUUAAUACUGUUUUGUAUACUAUAAUGUGUUUUAUUUUAUAACAUUGCCUUUGAUAAGGUAUAUUCUUACAACUGCAAGAAUUUCUUACUUAUACAUACGAUGACAAUUUUGAAGAAGGGAAAUCCGCGAUUUAAUUUUUAUCCUAUCUUUCUUGCUCAUUUUACUACAUGAAGUGCUUUAAAAAAUAUAUUGUAUUUGCCAAAUAUGUCAACAAAUUUUAUUAAAACACAAAACAUU